AUGGAUGAACAGGCUCUUUUAGGGCUAAAUCCAAAUGCUGAUUCAGACUUCCGACAAAGGGCCCUGGCCUAUUUUGAGCAAUUAAAGAUCUCCCCAGAUGCCUGGCAGGUGUGUGCAGAGGCUCUGGCCCAGAGGACAUACAGUGAUGAUCACAUCAAGUUUUUCUGCUUUCAAGUUUUAGAACAUCAAGUUAAAUAUAAAUAUUCAGAACUAACUACUGUUCAACAGCAACUAAUUAGGGAGACGCUCAUAUCUUGGCUUCAAGCUCAGAUGCUGAAUCCUCAACCAGAGAAGACUUUUAUACGAAAUAAAGCAGCCCAAGUCUUCGCCUUGCUUUUUGUUACAGAAUAUCUCACUAAAUGGCCCAAGUUUUUUUUUGACAUUCUCUCAGUAGUGGACCUAAAUCCAAGGGGAGUAGAUCUGUACCUCCGAAUCCUCAUGGCUAUUGAUUCUGAGUUGGUGGAUCGUGAUGUAGUGCAUACAUCAGAGGAGGCUCGUAGAAAUACCCUAAUAAAAGAUACCAUGAGGGAACAGUGCAUUCCAAACUUGGUGGAAUCAUGGUACCAAAUCCUGCAAAAUUAUCAGUAUACUAAUUCGGAAGUGACAUGUCAGUGCCUUGAAGUAGUUGGGGCUUAUGUAUCUUGGAUAGACUUAUCCCUUAUAGCCAAUGAUAGGUUUAUAAAUAUGCUGCUAGGUCAUAUGUCAAUAGAAGUUCUACGGGAAGAAGCAUGUGACUGUUUAUUUGAAAUUGUAAAUAAAGGAAUGGAUCCGGUUGAUAAAAUGAAAUUAGUAGAAUCUUUGUGUCAAGUAUUACAGUCAGCUGGGUUUUUCAUCAUUGACCAGGAAGAAGAUGUCGACUUCCUUGCCAGAUUUUCUAAACUGGUAAAUGGAAUGGGACAGUCAUUGAUAGUUAGCUGGACUAAAUUAAUUAAGAAUGGGGAUAUCAAGAAUGCUCAAGAGGCACUACAAGCUAUUGAAACAAAAGUGGCACUGAUGUUGCAGCUACUAAUUCAUGAGGAUGAUGAUAUCUCAUCUAACAUUAUUGGAUUUUGUUAUGAUUAUCUUCAUAUUUUGAAACAACUUUCAGUGCUCUCGGAUCAGCAAAAAGCUAAUGUAGAGGCAAUCAUGUUGGCCGUUAUGAAAAAAUUGACUUAUGAUGAGGAAUAUAACUUUGAAAAUGAGGGUGAAGAUGAAGCCAUGUUUGUAGAAUAUAGGAAACAAUUGAAGUUGUUGUUGGACAGGCUUGCUCAAGUUUCACCAGAAUUACUGCUGGCUUCUGUUCGUAGAGUUUUUAGUUCUACACUGCAGAAUUGGCAGACUACACGAUUUAUGGAAGUUGAAGUAGCAAUAAGAUUGCUGUAUAUGUUGGCAGAAGCUCUUCCAGUAUCUCAUGGUGCUCACUUCUCGGGUGAUGUUUCAAAAGCUAGUGCUUUGCAGGAUAUGAUGAGAACUUUGGUAACAUCAGGAGUUAGUUCCUAUCAGCAUACAUCUGUGACAUUGGAAUUCUUUGAAACUGUUGUUAGAUAUGAAAAGUUUUUCACAGUUGAACCUCAACACAUUCCAUGUGUACUGAUGGCUUUCUUAGAUCACAGAGGGCUGCGGCAUUCCAGUGCAAAAGUACGGAGCAGAACUGCUUACCUGUUUUCUAGAUUUGUCAAGUCUCUCAAUAAACAAAUGAAUCCUUUUAUUGAGGAUAUUCUGAAUAGAAUACAAGAUUUAUUAGAGCUUUCUCCACCUGAGAAUGGUUACCAGUCUUUGUUGAGCAGCGAUGAUCAACUAUUUAUUUAUGAGACAGCUGGAGUGCUGAUUGUUAAUAGUGAAUACCCCGCAGAACGGAAGCAAGCGUUAAUGAGGAAUCUGUUGACUCCACUAAUGGAAAAGUUUAAAAUUUUGUUAGAAAAAUUGAUGCUGGCACAAGAUGAAGAAAGGCAGGCAUCUCUAGCAGACUGUCUCAACCAUGCUGUUGGAUUUGCCAGUCGGACCAGCAAAGCUUUCAGUAACAAGCAGACUGUGAAACAAUGUGGCUGUUCCGAAGUUUAUCUGGACUGUUUACAGACAUUCUUGCCAGCUCUGAGUUGUCCCUUACAAAAGGAUAUUCUCAGAAGUGGAGUUCGCACUUUCCUUCAUCGCAUGAUAAUUUGCCUAGAGGAAGAAGUUCUUCCGUUCAUCCCAUCUGCCUCAGAACACAUGCUGAAAGAUUGUGAAGCAAAAGACCUUCAGGAGUUCAUUCCUCUUAUCAACCAGAUUACAGCCAAAUUUAAGAUACAGGUAUCUCCAUUUUUACAACAAAUGUUCAUGCCUCUACUUCAUGCAAUUUUUGAAGUGUUGCUUCGACCAGCAGAAGAAAAUGACCAGUCUGCUGCUUUAGAGAAGCAAAUGUUGCGGAGGAGUUACUUUGCUUUCCUGCAAACAGUCACAGGCAGUGGAAUGAGCGAAGUCAUAGCAAAUCAAGGUGUAGAGAAUGUAGAAAGAAUUCUAGUUACUGUGAUUCAAGGAGCAGUCGAAUAUCCAGAUCCAAUUGCACAGAAAACAUGCUUUAUCAUCCUUUCCAAGUUGGUAGAACUCUGGGGUGGUAAAGAUGGACCAGUGGGAUUUGCUGACUUUGUUUAUAAGCACAUUGUCCCUGCAUGUUUCCUAGCACCUUUAAAACAAACCUUUGACCUGGCAGAUGCACAAACAGUAUUGGCUUUAUCUGAGUGUGCAGUGACACUGAAAACAAUUCAUCUCAAGCGGGGCCCAGAAUGUGUUCAGUAUCUUCAACAAGAAUACCUACCUUCCUUGCAAGUAGCUCCAGAGAUAAUUCAAGAGUUUUGUCAAGCUCUUCAGCAGCCUGACGCUAAAGUUUUUAAAAACUACUUAAAGGUGUUCUUCCAGAGAGCAAGGCCCUAA